AUGGCCAUUCGUUUGCUUUCCGCGAUUGUGAAUGCCAAGCAAUCCCGCACUCUGCACUCACUCUGGGCCAGAUAUCAUUCAGAUGUUCCAAAGGGUCACUUGGCAAUAUAUGUUGGAGAGAUUGAGAAGAAGAGAUAUGUGGUUCCAAUAGCAUAUCUAAAUCAUCCAUCAUUCCAGAGCUUGCUAAAGCGGGCUGAGGAAGAGUUUGGGUUUGAUCAUCCUAUGGGCGCUCUCACAAUUCCCUGCAAGGAAGACACUUUCAUCCAUCUCACUUCUCAACUCAACAACUCUUCAUUUUAG